UGGCAAAGAAUUCAGAUAGAACUUCAUUUCCAAAUCCUCCUUUUCUCUCUACUCCAAUCACCACACUCACCACUGAACCAAAACACACACAAAGAGAGAGGGAGAGAUCCUCAAAAUCCUCCAAAAAAAACCAACCUUCACAAUGGCCACAAUGAUCAUGGCUUCUUCAAAACCCAUAAUUCGAGUCACCACAAAUUCCCUUCCUUCUACCCCAAAACUUCCCCAACUCCAAAUUUCACUCCCAACCAUUACCCCCAAACUCAAACUCCAACUCUCAAAACUCAAAUCCCUAACCCUAGCAACAACUUCACUCUCCUUAGCAUUCGCACCACCUUCCUUCGCAUUCGAAAAAGCAGCACUCUUCGAUUUCAAUCUCACUCUCCCAAUCAUAGUCGUCGAGUUUCUUUUCCUCAUGGUCGCUCUUGACAAACUUUACUUCACACCUCUCGGAAAUUUCAUGGAUGAAAGGGACGCUAACAUCAGAGGAAAAUUGAACAGCGUGAAGGAUACGUCGGAGGAGGUGAAGCAGUUGGAGGAACAAGCAAAUGCUGUUUUAAGAGCGGCGCGUGCGGAAAUAGCGGUGGCUUUGAAUCAGAUGAAGAAGGAAACUCAAGCUGAAGUUGAAGCGAAGAUUGCUGAAGGUAGGAAGAAAGUGGAUGCUGAAUUGCAAGAAGCUCUUGCCAAUUUGGAAAAGCAAAAGGAAGAAACUGUUAAGGCUCUUGAUUCUCAGAUUACUGCUCUUAGCCAGGAUAUUGUUGAUAAGGUUCUUCCUACUGCUUAAUUGAUAAUCACUUUUAGUUCUGUUUCUGUAAUCUAUAUGAUAUAUAUAUUUUUGUUAUAAAUUUCAAUCCACCAAGAACAAUGGAUCCAUUGUAAUUUUAUUACAGUGCCUUUUUCCUCUGUUUUUCUUUGAUAUUUCAAAUGUUGUAUCAAGUAACAAUUUUAUAUUCUAUAUAUGUAUAAUCUCCUCCAAUUAACGUA